AUCUGACGAUUCAAAACUCUGAGAUGAUGCUCGCAUCAUCUUCGAGCUGAUAUUCUCGGAAAACACACACAUACGCAUCAAGUUUGAUCAUGUCUGCUGAGGUCGAAGAGUCAACACCCACCGAAGCCCCUGCUCCAGCAGCAACCAAAAUGAAGAAGGCAUCGGCGAAUAAGGCAAAACCUGCCGUAGCUGCUUCUCCAGCUAAAAAGAAGAAAAAGAAGAGCAAGGGGCCUGGCAAGUACAGCCAGCUCGUCAUUGAUGCGAUCCGCACCCUGGGCGAGAAAAACGGCUCGUCGCUUUUCAAGAUAUACAAUGAAGCGAAGAAAGUGAGCUGGUUUGAUCAGCAGAACGGUCGCGUGUAUCUGCGCUACUCCAUCCGCGCGCUCCUGCUCAACGACACGCUCGUGCAGGUCAAGGGACUGGGAGCCAACGGCUCGUUCAAGCUCAAUAAAAAGAAAUUUGAGAAAAAGCCAAAGAAGAGUGCCACCAAGGCGACCAAGACAGAAAAACCUGCAAAGCCGGCUUCCAAAAAAGACGUGACCAAGAAAGUGACUGCAAAGAAGAGCGCCAAAAAGAGCCCCGUUAAAAAGAAGACCGCGAAGAAGACGAGUGUUAAGAAGGCGACACCCAAACCGAAGAAAGCAGCUGCCAAAAAGCCAAAAGUAGCGGCGAAGAAGGCAACCAAGGCAAAGAAAUCAAAAUAGACUUUCUUUCAAAUUGAAGAAUUAUAUUUUUGUAUAUAUCUUAUUGGAUAGAGAACCCAGAUCUAAGGGGAUUUGUUUUUUAGUUUUGAUAUAUUUUGAUGAAAUUCUGUUGAAUUUGGGUAUACGGCUUCAUAAGAGAGACACACCCACUUUAUUGUCUACACUGCAAGACAUCAUGUUUCUCGGAAAUGAAAGUGACUGUUUCGUUUGCUGCACUGAACAGGAAACUUGGUACUAGCUAUCUAGACGAAGAUGAACGCCUUGUAAAUAUAAGCUUGAACAGUGUUUUUUUUUCGUACGAAAUGUUACUGAACUACAAAAAACAACUUGUAUGUCAAAUAAACCUGAUUUAAAAAAAAAAAAAAAAUGACUG